AUGACGCGCGAGGCCGGGGACGUGGCCGUGGAGGCGGUGACCGUGGUGAUCGUGGUGGUCGCCGAGGCCGCGGCGGGCAUGCACCUGCGAGGGGCGGUGGUAGAGGCGGCAGGGGCGGAGAAGGACAUCGUGGCAGCGAUCGUGGUAGUCGUGAAGGUGGCCGAGGCCGGGGUAGUGACCUCGGUGGUCAUCGUGGAGACUUCCAUGGCGGAGGUGACCGUGGACGUGGCGGAGGUGACCGCGGGGGCGGGUACAGAGGGCGCGGCGGCGGCGGCCAGUUCGAUGUCAGCAUGCGCGGUAGUCGAGGCGGCCGUGGCGGUUACGUUGGUCGUGGAGGUGAGCAUCGUCACGCUCGAGGACCAGCUUAUGAAAACCUCCUUGGGCAACAGGGAGCAGGCAUCGGCGGCCACAGACAGGUUCCGCUUCCCGCAUCGGCCGUCGUACGGCCGCGAGGGCAAGCCAAUCGAGGUUUGGGCCAACUACUUUGAGCUGGGCAUCGCCAAAAUGCCAUCUCUAUUUCUUUAUACGUUCCAUGUGCACAAGGGGCGGCCGCCUUCGGAUGACAACGCAAGCACUUCUGCCACCAGCCAACAGGGCGCCAAGAUCAAAGGGCCGUUUUUGCGCAAGAUACUUAAGCAUAUUCUGGGGACAGACUUGGACGUGCCAGGACUGUCACCCCGGACCGAGCUUCAAAGCAAGUUAAUCACGCUCCAGCGCAUCUCUCAGGAAACUAUCGAUCGGCUGAAGGACACCCAUUUUGACGGCGACCAUUUUGAAGUGGAGUUGGAUGGGCCGCACACACUCGACCUGGACAGUCUCCGGACGUGGCUUAGCACCAUGCACGACGGGCGCGACGCGCAAGAUCUGAGCUUCCCCAAGUUCCAAAAUCUGAUGGAUGUCAUUGGCAUUAUUAUGGGCCAUGGCCCCCGAAUGGGUGGCUCCAACCUCCACGAGGACAACCCACGCACAGUGGCCGUCGGCCGCAGUCGCUUCUUCCCAGUCGAUGAGACGAGAGAGGCCGAGCUUUUCCAUCGGUCGCGGCCCCUCGAGAUUCUGCGCGGCUACUUCCAGAGCGUACGGCCUUCUACAGGGCGGCUGCUCCUCAAUGUCAACGUCACUCACAGCGUAUUCCGCUCCUCCCGGGAGCGGCCGUUCUUUGAGCUUUUCCGGGACUGCCAUUUCCGCGACCUUGAGCAGUCGUUGAAGGGCGCGCGCGUCCGCAUCACCUACCCGGACCUGUCCCACAAGGAGUACACCGUGUCUGGCUUUGUGAUGAAGCCCGGCGGUGGUGGUGGCUAUGGCGAGACCCGGUUCAAGAAGAUCAGCGAGGUCACUUUCACUUUCACACUGAACGAGCCUGGUACGGGCUCGUCUAAGAAGAGGGGCGGGAAAAAGACUGCUGCGCAAAAGCCCACAGGCAAGCAGAUCACUGUCCGGGACUACUUGAAGGACAGAGUCAGAGCAAUCCCGUAUUCUAUCCGGCCUCGUGGUGCUCUCUGCUACCUGGACAGCCUUGGAACCGCAAGCUGUCUGGCGAUGAUACCCCGCCGGCCCGAAUUGAAUGCCAAGUCCAUUGUGAGUGUCGGCCGCCAGGCUCUCCAACUGGACAACCUCGACGCCUCGUUCAGGGACUACCGCAUCACAGUCGGCGACAAGCUUAUCACGGUCGACGCCAGAGUCUUGCCUGCCCCUGAUCUGGUCUACGGGAAGAAGUUCAAGAUGGCGCCGCAGCGCGGUUCCUGGAACCUGGCAUCGCGCGAGCUGGCUCAGGGCGGCUCAAAUAAUAUGAGUAACGUCAAGUGGGCGUACUACGAGAUGCCCGGAUCUCGUGGUGACGUGAGAUUAGCCAUGGACUCAUUCAUGACCUCACUGAAGGCACUUGCCGUGCCAGUGAGUGAGGCGCCGCUUCAGCUUGGCCGACAGGGAGACUACAGCAUGUUCGACACGCGCACAUUCGACGGAAAAGACGGUGCGAUUGAUGCCGCAUUCCGGCGUGCUGUCCAGAGCGCACCCAAGCCGAAGAUCAUCUUGUUUGUUCUGGCCGACAACGACAAGUACGUGUACGAGCGCAUCAAGCUGCUCGGUGACACGGUGUUUGGCAUUCACUCGGUGUGCGUAGUAUCGCAAAAGUUCACUAGAAAUGACGCUCAAUACUUCGCAAACGUGGCACUCAAAUUCAACCUCAAGCUCGGUGGCGUCAACCACAGACUCGACAAGCCGGACAAGCUCGGCAUCAUCUCGAAGGGCAAGACCAUGGUCGUUGGGUACGACAUCAUCCACCCAACGAACUUGGGCGCCGGCAAAGAUGUGCAGGACUUGCCCAGCCAUGUCGGGCUCGUGGCCAGUAUCGACAAAGACCUCGCCCAGUGGCCGGCGUGUCAGUGGAGCCAGACUGGUCGCCAGGAAAUGACGUCGGAUGAACUGACCGAGGCUUUCAAGUCUCGUCUGGAGCGCUGGCGCGAGCACAACGGUGCGUACCCGGACAAUAUUCUGGUGUACCGCGACGGCGUCUCUGAGGGACAGUUCGAGCAGGUACUGGACACCGAGCUGCCGAAGAUGAAGACGGCGCUCAAGAGCGUCGACCAGUCGAAGACGAAAAUUACGAUUGUCAUCUCGGUGAAGCGGCACAACACACGCUUCUUCCCGACCAAGGCGGAAGAGAUGUCCCGAUCGGGCAACAUUGAAUGCGGCACGGUGGUGGACCGCGGCAUCACGCUGCAGCGCUACUGGGACUUCUUCCUCACGGCACACACGGCUAUCCAGGGAACAGCACGCCCUGCACGGUACACGGUGAUCUACGACGAGAUCUUCCAGAGCCGCGGCGGCGACCCCAGCAUGUCGACGGGCGAGCUCGAGAAGAUUACGUACAACAUGUGCUACCUGUUCAGCCGGGCGACCAAGUCGGUCAGCAUCUGCCCCCCGGCAUACUAUGCAGACCUCGUGUGCACGCGGGCACGGCUGUACCAGAGCAAGCUAUUCAACCAGGCCAUGGAGGGGUCAGAUUCGGACCCGGCGGACCGGGUGUUCCCGCAGGUGCACCCUGACGCUCGCGCUGCCAUCAGCGCCCUCGUCACCACGGUCACGUACACUGACAGGAUCGACGAUAACGAACCGCAGAGCCCAGUUGCGUACCCGGGCCGUCUUGGCAAGAAGCUGCAGGUCAGCCGGAAGGCCGCCACGGUGCAGAAUGUGCACCUUGGUCUGGUCCUUGCGCAGGCUGCUUCCAUACACCUUGUCGCCAAAAACGUGGAGCGCAACGUGCCGCAAGAGAACGACAUCGUGGGGUGCCAGUGUCGGAAGAAGCGUCGCCAGUGA